UAUUGUCAAUUCUCUGAUACAACCAUGCUUUCUAUCUGUUUUGCUUUCAGCUUACACAUCUGUCCGCUUAAAGUAUUUUUCAGUACAAAAUUUGAUUGAGUGCGUUUUUCAUUGCAUUGUCGCGUAGUUUAUCUUUGCGCUAGGGAAGUUCAAGGGAAAAGUAGAAGUUGAUUAAUAGAGUUAAUAAGUAAAAAUACAUUUAGUAAUGACUCCUCCAAACGCAACGAAACCUCCAACGAAAGAGCACAGUGCCAUAAUUAAAGCAUAUUUACUUAUCUACAAUGCCGUGCAAGUGCUAGGUUGGUCUUACAUUCUAUAUCUGUUGAUAGAUUAUUAUUUACUGCAAUCAUCCGGGCUUAGAGCACAAAUUACUCUAUGGAAUUAUACUCGCAUCGCAGUGAUUAUAUUUCAGAAUGCGGCCUUCCUGGAAAUUCUGCACGCUUCACUCGGUUUUGUUAAAUCUAAUCCAGUGAUUACUGCUUUUCAAGUGUUCAGCCGCAUUAUUGUUGUAGUGGGAGUAAUAAUGGCCACUCCAACUGCUAAAUUAUCACCCGGUCUACCUGCUGCCCUUUUCGCUUGGUCAGUUACUGAGACCAUACGUUAUAGUUAUUAUGCACUUAACAUAAUAAAUUAUGUUCCUCAUUUUAUCACAUUCCUGCGCUACACUACCUUUUACUUUUUAUAUCCUAUAGGAGUUAGUGGUGAGUUGUUGUGUUUCUGGUGGGCACAAAGUUACGCUAAAAGUAAUUCGGUAUGGUCUAUGGAAUUACCAAAUAAAUAUAACGUGACAUUUUCUUAUUACAUAUGUUUAUGGAUAGUCAUGUUAUCCUAUUUACCUCUCUUUCCGAAACUAUAUAUGCAUAUGGUGGCUCAACGCCGUAAAGUGCUAAGUGUCAGUGUUAAUUGUUUAGUGUCUUCGGAUAAAAAAAAAAUAUAAUUAAAAUUUCGUAAAUACUUUUGUUUUUACUCGUGACAGCAAGUCGUAUAAGAAUAAAUUUACAUAAGUAAUCUCUUCUUAAUUAACCUUUGAUCAUAUCAAUAAGUUUUUCCUUUGUAUUCAUUUAAGGGUUUGGUUUAACUAGUAACUAAGUCUAAUUUUGUAAAAAAAGUUUUUUUUUAAAUAAACGGUUAUUGAUAAUUUGAAUAAAUCGAAAUCAUGCUUAUGCAUGUGUUUCAAAAUGAACAUCAAAAAACA